AUGGUCUCCAUGGCGGCGGCCAAGAUCGCCGUCCUCCUGGCCGCGACGACGCUCUUCGCCGCGGCAGGGGCGGCGGACCCCCAACCUCCCCUACCCGGAAAUGAAACCCAGUGCUGGCAGUGCUACUCCACCUGCAUGCACAAGUGCGACAACAGCAGCUGCGGCGACGUCCAGAAGUACUUCCAGUGCAAGAAGUCAUGCAUCCUGGAUUGCUACAAGGAACUGCCGCCGGUGUGCUUCAAGAUGUGCAUCUCCCAGACCUGCCUCACCCUGCCACCAGGUGGAUUGCUACAAGGCAUGUCGGACCAAAUGUUUCCACAACCACCCGUACCCCGGGCCAAACCCAGGUCCAAAGCCACCAAUGCCGCCCGGACCUCCGAAGCCGAUGCCACCGCCCGGACCUCCGAAGCCCAUGCCACCGCCGCCGUCGCCCAAGCCGCCCAAGCCAACCCCGCCAAAGGCCAGCUAAUAGGCCGAAGACAAAGCCGAUGCCGGCGUGCCCGCCACUAG